GCCCUAAUCGAAGUCAAGCCACUGACUGCUUAGUGCCUCGCUUUGUAGCAAGAGAUUCGAGCCUUGAAUUGUAUAUAUGGUCCGAUCCUGUGGUUUUCGUCACCCCACAAGCGCUGUAGUGAGGUAUUAAUGCCAUUGCACCGGGGAAGCAAUGGUCAUUCAUUCUUUGCCAUGGUUUGGGCCAGUAGCUCAGGUCGCAGGGCCCAUGCUCGUUGUCAGGUCUUGGCCUGGAGGGGGCGGGCAAAAGGUUCAGCCGGGAUGGAGACAAGACCACACCAUCUACCUCGGCUGCAUAGCUGGGCUUUGCAUUCAUCCAGAUCAACAUAUUUCCCCGGCUCCCCCGGAUUACCCCACAGCUACCAGAAUUCUUACCCCUCCCAUGCACCCCGCGUUUUUGUUGUUGACCCCUGCCAUUGUUCCUGGAUCCUUGAAAGCAACCCUGGUUGUCUACUCGGGUCAACGAAUUCGUCGAUACCAAUGAACGACGUAUGGCUACUGCACGCCCGCCAAGCCAGGCACUGAACCUACAUCAGCGGCCAGCAGAGUACCAUUCGAAAGAAUGCGGACAAUGACAUUGAUUUCAGAGAAUCGCAGUGAAAUCCCACCAACUUGCCCUAGCUUCUUAUAGCCGACCGACAUUUCGAAAACUUAGACGGGAGAACCUUCACCCUGU